GGCCAUAUAGUGUAUCUGCGAUGUAUUUCUGUCCUUCACUGGCCAUUUUGUCCUGAGACUUUUACUAGUUUUCAAUGACUGACUUGACUCCUCUCACUUCUCUAAGAUAUUUCGAGUUGCGAAUCAAAAUGGAAACAGAGCAGAGGUUGUAGGCUCCACCGGGAAUUAAACGAGCGAUUGCAAAGGGAAAUGUGAUACAAGAGCAGGAGGAGGAGGAGGGAAUUGGGAGAAUCCCAGGCCACGGAGGAAACAGUCGAGUCAACACUCUGUAGGCAUUCACUGUACCGCAGUGUCGUCCUGCCGCCCCAUCCGACAGAGAGCUGCAGUACUGCAAAGUGUGAACGGAGAGAGAAGGGGGAGGGAGGAGAGGGGAGGGGGGGUACCGCACUGUCGUUACGAGUCCAAGUGGAGAAGGCAGGAGGAUAGACGCAUUAUUGCAGUAGCCUACAGUGCCAUAACACUUUCCACGGCCGAAAACUCCCGCACUUCCCACAAAACCCACCUCCAUCCGCGCAGAAAGAGAGAGAGAGAGAGCGAGAGAGAGGAGGAGGUGAAAGAAAUCCAACAUAAUUUUCAUGACUGGACUUUUUCCCUUCAUUUUUUAAAUUGCACGCAUUUGCCAGUGGCUUUUAGAAGAGGCAACUCAACAGCCAGCCAAUCAGUGCUGCGUCUCAGCAUCCAGGAGCAGCUCUAUAAGGACUCAGCAUCACUUGGAGGAGCUGGAUGCAGCCCUGCGGGAAUCUAAACAUCUCCGGAUUUCUCUUGAAUGGAUUAUAGUACUUUUCUCUUGAGCUCGCGUCGCUCUCCUCUUCACUUCAGGCUCUCCGACUCGGUCGCACAGUGAAUUAUCAGCCGACCCGUCUUACGUGUGUCAGUAUUGCGGUACUUUGCUGACGACUUGCAGUAUAAAUGCAUCGCUAGAAGAUCGGCUCCACUGCGCCAAGACCCCCCGCCUCUGUUUACUGUCAGCGCGGCACUUUAAUCACUUUACUAAUUGAAAAAUUGGACUUUCGUUUGGACCAGUGUCCAGAAAUUUACGUCUCUUUUUUUCCGUGAUCUUGCUGUUUUUUUUCUCCUCCCGUGUUGUACUUCAGACCCUCCCUCUCCUGCCUCACAGCCCGUCACCCCUCCUCCGCUGCCCGUGAGUCAGUUCAAACAGCUGCAUAGAAGAUGUCUGCCCCAGAUGCCGCCCCCCCAGCUGGAGCCCCCGGUGCCCCAGGAGCUCCCGGUGCAGAUGGAGCCCCAGCCGGCCAACCUGCAGCCCCACCCAACACCACCAGUAACCGCAGGCUACAGCAGACACAGGCCCAAGUUGAGGAGGUGGUGGAUAUCAUGCGGGUGAAUGUGGACAAGGUUUUGGAAAGGGACCAGAAGCUCUCAGAGCUGGAUGACAGAGCGGACGCUCUCCAAGCUGGAGCCUCCCAGUUUGAAAGCUGCGCAGCCAAGCUAAAGAACAAGUACUGGUGGAAGAACUGCAAGAUGAUGAUCAUGAUGGGCAUCAUUGGAGUCAUUGUGGUUGGAAUAAUAUUCUUGUACUUCUUCUACUAAGCUCAGCCCAUCAAUGCAGAUGGAUAUGGACUUGAGAAAUAAUAUGAGAGGGAAGAGAAAAAAAAACAAGCGCCACUCCUCCCCCUUUUAUCCGUCUUCUCCUCCCUCUCUUCACACAGUCUUCCAUCAAACCAUCUUGCACUUAAACAUGACAGCAGUGUUUAUAGACGUGUCUCUGCUUUCUUUGUCCCCCUUUCCCUUCAUUCUUAUCGCUUUCUUCCAGUGUUUUGGCGUGAAGUCUCACUCACUCUCUCCUGUCUCUGCACCUCAUGUAUUAUUGAGGGUCGCAGCAGGCGGAGUGGAAAGAGGAGGAAAGAAAGGGAAGGAGGGAGAGAGAAAAUCCUUGUGACACGGGAACACACAGGGCUAAGCCCACUGAACUGAGCUACGGGGGAAAUGUACAAUGUACAGAUGGUGAGUGUGUGCAGGGAGAUUGAACAAAAAGUUUGCAGUCCUUUCUAUCCCUGAUACACCAAAGCUUGUUCCUAUUACCUUUUUUGAGAGUCCUACAUUUGUAAAUUGAUACUGACAUGCCAAACUAACACACCCCAUCUCCCACCACUGCUACCAUCAUUGCUGCUUACUAAUACAAGGUCAUGUUAGAUUAAGGUUAUGAUCAUUUUUGUUGUAUGUGCGUGUGUGUAUUUGUGAUCCAAAGCAUUGUAGCUAAUAGCUUUUUCCAAGUUUAGCUGAUAGGCUUUUAUUAGUAACUUUUUCUUUUCCUUUCCUGCCUAACUUUCUCUCACUUAGCCUCUUAUUUCUGCAAUGUUCAGUGAAGACAAGAACAGAGAAAUGUGUAAUAGGGAGAGAGACUGUGAGAGUUUAAGGAAAGGAAGGAGCGAUUCAGGGAAAGGGAGGAAGCAUUUUUUCUGUAUAGAUAAGUGAAAUUUAGUUCUGGACUGAUAAGCAAUUAUUGUUAAAGUAGUUCUAUAACUAUGCUUCAUUUGUACUGGGGUUUUUGUACCACAGGUGGUGGCAUAGUCGUAGUGCUAUGCUUAGUGUCAUAAUAAUAUGCACAGCAAGGCAAACAGACAAGCAGCCACUAACAGACAAUCUACUGUAUACAUGAACUGACCGCUCCGACCCAGAGGAAGGUCUCCCAACUCUGACUUGGACAGAGUCUCAGCCAUAGACAGAUGAAUGUGUAGUGUCACAUUUCAAACAGUACAAACAUCCACUUGUUUUGAGAGUUGUACUGACAAAGUGUCUGAUUGUUGUUUAAGUUGACCCGAUCUCUAGAAAAGCAGGAAAAUGGAAGAAAUUACUUGAUUUGGAAACCCAGAGCCACCUGACCCUCCCACCACCCCCCUCACUCACAUAAAAAUAGACUCAACCUUCACCUGCAGAACAGUAAUGGCCAAAAUGAGGUGUUUGUUUCUAACUUGCAUGGCAAACGGUGUCCAUAGUUUUGCCUAUUUGUGUGACCUGUGUAUCUGCCAUUUCUGAAUCUAACUGCCGAUUGUACAUUUUCUUUUGUUAGUGGUUUAAAGGACCUAUGUAUAUUGUCUUUCUGAUCUGAUAAUUACUGCUUAUGCAAUGCAAUGAUGCUCAACAGUCUGCCAAAUUUUAAAUUCACUUGCUUUUGAGAGAAAAAUAAUAUUCAGAGACUGCAAACAACUGCUACUAUAGCAAACUGUUAAAUACAUGUAGUAUUAUACAAGUAGAACCAUAGUACACAUUUGUCAGACUAUGUUCCUGAAAAUGUGUUCAUUCUAGCAGGUUUUUUUGAGGGGAUUGCUGGAUUUAAAGGAAAAGCUAAUUUUCCUCUCUGUGGACUGAUUAUGAGAGUUGAUAAAAUAUAAACAACCUUAUGUGAAAAGUGCAUUUAUGCAUAAUUGUAGCAGUUAGCCACAAUUAUCUGGUGAUAUUGUGCAACAAUAUUAUUGGGUAAUUACCACAUGAGACAUGAGAACAUGUGUGAUUUACAACCUGAAAACGCAGUAAGAGAUGCAACUGGAUUUGCGAAAAACAAAUGCAUGCUUAUCACUUUUGCUGAUGCCAAUAAAGAAAUCAUCAAUAGAA